GUAGGUUCAGGCGGUGAUCGAGAUAAAGAACUAAAGGAGGAAGUUUUAAAGCCCUGAGAGGGUAGUCGAGAGUUCGAGAUUGUAUAGACAGUGCCUGUUGUAUAAUAUGUACAUUUGGAACAUUUGUUAAUUUUGUAUCGUCUUUACACAGGCAUAUAAUCUUGCUUGUUAGUCUUGCUGCUGCAGUCGACAGUCACCGGUGAAGUAUUGUCACGAUAAAUUUAAUGUCUAGUUACGACAUGGAACGAACGUUUUCGACAUAUUAUUUUGUCGUCAUUUCGAUAGCUGUCAUUGCGGUGGCUUUGGGAGAUCGACUGCAAUGUAAAGACCGUAAUGGACAACCAAUCGACUGGUUCACGGCUAUUAAGCUGCCGAAUCUCAAGUCGAACUUGUCCGACGGGACAGGUUACGUCUAUAUGGACGCCAAGAACCCGGAGUGGACUUACUCAACCGGGAUCACUACCGAGGAGUCAGCUGUUGGACACACAGUGGCGCAGAUGUACACGACCAACCAAACUUAUAACGAGUCAAUAAUGUGGGCCGUGUACAACGAUGAACCGACAAAUGGUCCAGUGACGUUCUCGAAGGGCCAUACCAAAGGCAUGGUGGUGGCCAACAAUAGUUCGGGCUUGUGGUUGGUGCACAGCGUGCCCAAGUUUCCGCAGUUACCUUACCAGAACAACAACUCGUACACUUACCCUAAGACUGGUGUCUUGUACGGUCAAAGUUUUCUGUGCAUGUCCAUGUCAGCUGAGGAACUGGACAAAGUAGGCGAUCAGUUGAUCAACAACGAGGUGCUAAUGUACGGCAGUCACUUUGGGGGUGAUCUGAAAUCGACGUAUCCAGGUCUGUACAACGCCACUCUGCCGCACCAUAUUCCCGGAGUGAUAAACGAUGGAGUGAGGUUACAGCCUCUUCACUCUACUGGAGGCAUUGAGUUCUUGUCCAUUUCAAAAAACAGGCACUUUGGAAAAGAUUUAUACGAAGACUUAAUCACACACAUGGCACAGUCCAAUGUGUACACAGAGACUUGGUUGAAUUCGGCGGAUAGGUUCAAUUCGUCAUGUUCCAGCAAGUACAAGGCUAUGAACAUUAAGUCGUUGGCCAUGAAGGACAUAAAGGGGCUGAAAAACGUGUGGUACAAGUCGGCUAAAGACCAUUCCAAAUGGGUUGUGACUGGGAAGAGUUCUGUACAUUGGACUUGCAUUGGCGACAUCAAUCGAUCUGAAAAACAAACCAAACGUGGAGGUGGAACAGUAUGCAUAAAAUCAUUACCAAUAUGGAAUCAAUAUAAACAACUAGUGUCAGAUAUUGAAAAGUGUAAAAAUUAGUGCUAUAAUAAUUAUUCCUAUGACUCUCACCAGAGUUAUUAUUGUUUAAUAUUCUGCCGUCAUGUAUUUAGUUUUAAGUACCUACCUACUCGUUUAAAGAAUCUUCGUCUAAUACAGACAAAAAAUUAUAAGUCAUAAUUUAUGACUUAUAUGACUUAUGAGUGUUAUACUUAUAAUAUUAUAUUAUACGUUAGUAUAAGUAGACAAAUAAUAAUAGGUAUUUUUAAAAUAAGCUAAAAUUAUUCUUGUAACUACAUUUAAAAAAUAUCGUAAUUUAUUCAAAAUGUCGAGUCAAAGUUAUUUGUAAUAAACUAUAAUCACAUAUA